AUGUUCCCAGAAGCCAAAACAGAUAACACGUUAAGUAGUGUUUCAACAAAAUCAUUAACGUCGACAGCUGUGUCUACUAAUCAGGGGGCCGAUUCCCUUGACACUCCUGACACGGCAUCCGUAAACAAUUUGGACAUAGAAAAAACGGUCAUCAGCGGAAAAGACAUUGUAUCUAAAACGAUAGGUACUUCUGAUGAAAGUUCAUCAAUAGAUCUUCAAACUGAAAAAACUGUUCAAUUCAGUUCAUUGCAAUCAACGUCCACAAAAGUAUCAAUGGAACAGAGUUCUGAUGAAAAUAACAUUCCUGACGUACUAUCUGCAACAAAUAUUGAUACCGGUAAUACAAAAUUAAAUGCUAAGGACAUUUCAACAACACCACUAGACUAUUUCGACGACACCAUGUUCCCAGAAGCCAAAACAGAUUACACGUUAAGUAGUGUUUCAACAAAAUCAUUAACGUCGACAGCUGUGUCUACUAAUCAGGGGGCCGAUUCCCUUGACACUCCUGACACGGCAUCCGUAAACAAUUUGGACAUAGAAAAAACGGUCAUCAGCGGAAAAGACAUUGUAUCUAAAACGAUAGGUACUUCUGAUGAAAGUUCAUCAAUAGAUCUUCAAACUGAAAAAACUGUUCAAUUCAGUUCAUUGCAAUCAACGUCCACAAAAGUAUCAAUGGAACAGAGUUCUGAUGAAAAUAACAUUCCUGACGUACUAUCUGCAACAAAUAUUGAUACCGGUAAUACAAAAAUAAAUGCUAAGGACAUUUCAACAACACCACUAAACUAUUUCGACGACACCAUGUUCCCAGAAGCCCAAACAGAUAACACGUUAAGUAGUGUUUCAACAAAAUCAUUAAAUUCGACAGCUGUGUCUACUAAUCAGGGGGCCGAUUCCCUUGACACUCCUGACACGGCAUCCGUAAACAAUUUGGACAUAGAAAAAACGGUCAUCAGCGGAAAAGACAUUGUAUCUAAAACGAUAGGUACUUCUGAUGAAAGUUCAUCAAUAGAUCUUCAAACUGAAAAAACUGUUCAAUUCAGUUCAUUGCAAUCAACGUCCACAAAAGUAUCAAUGGAACAGAGUUCUGAUGAAAAUAACAUUCCUGACGUACUAUCUGCAACAAAUAUUGAUACCGGUAAUACAAAAUUAAAUGCUAAGGACAUUUCAACAACACCACUAGACUAUUUCGACGACACCAUGUUCCCAGAAGCCAAAACAGAUAACACGUUAAGUAGUGUUUCAACAAAAUCAUUAACGUCGACAGCUGUGUCUACUAAUCAGGGGGCCGAUUCCCUUGACACUCCUGACACGGCAUCCGUAAACAAUUUGGACAUAGAAAAAACGGUCAUCAGCGGAAAAGACAUUGUAUCUAAAACGAUAGGUACUUCUGAUGAAAGUUCAUCAAUAGAUCUUCAAACUGAAAAAACUGUUCAAUUCAGUUCAUUGCAAUCAACGUCCACAAAAGUAUCAAUGGAACAGAGUUCUGAUGAAAAUAACAUUCCUGACGUACUAUCUGCAACAAAUAUUGAUACCGGUAAUACAAAAAUAAAUGCUAAGGACAUUUCAACAACACCAGUAGACUAUUUCGACGACACCAUGUUCCCAGAAGCCAAAACAGAUAACACGUUAAGUAGUGUUUCAACAAAAUCAUUAACGUCGACAGCUGUGUCUACUAAUCAGGGGGCCGAUUCCCUUGGCACUCCUGACACGGCAUCCGUAAACAAUUUGGACAUAGAAAAAACGGUCAUCAGCGGAAAAGACAUUGUAUCUAAAACGAUAGGUACUUCUGAUGAAAGUUCAUCAAUAGAUCUUCAAACUGAAAAAACUGUUCAAUUCAGUUCAUUGCAAUCAACGUCCACAAAAGUAUCAAUGGAACAGAGUUCUGAUGAAAAUAACAUUCCUGACGUACUAUCUGCAACAAAUAUUGAUACCGGUAAUACAAAAUUAAAUGCUAAGGACAUUUCAACAACACCACUAGACUAUUUCGACGACACCAUGUUCCCAGAAGCCCAAACAGAUAACACGUUAAGUAGUGUUUCAACAAAAUCAUUAAAUUCGACAGCUGUGUCUACUUAUCAGGGGGCCGAUUCCCUUGACACUCCUGACACGGCAUCCGUAAACAAUUUGGACAUAGAAAAAACGGUCAUCAGCGGAAAAGACAUUGUAUCUAAAACGAUAGGUACUUCUGAUGAAAGUUCAUCAAUAGAUCUUCAAACUGAAAAAACUGUUCAAUUCAGUUCAUUGCAAUCAACGUCCACAAAAGUAUCAAUGGAACAGAGUUCUGAUGAAAAUAACAUUCCUGACGUACUAUCUGCAACAAAUAUUGAUACCGGUAAUACAAAAAUAAAUGCUAAGGACAUUUCAACAACACCACUAGACUAUUUCGACGACACCAUGUUCCCAGAAGCCCAAACAGAUAACACGUUAAGUAGUGUUUCAACAAAAUCAUUAACGUCGACAGCUGUGUCUACUAAUCAGGGGGCCGAUUCCCUUGACACUCCUGACACGGCAUCCGUAAACAAUUUGGACAUAGAAAAAACGGUCAUCAGCGGAAAAGACAUUGUAUCUAAAACGAUAGGUACUUCUGAUGAAAGUUCAUCAAUAGAUCUUCAAACUGAAAAAACUGUUCAAUUCAGUUCAUUGCAAUCAACGUCCACAAAAGUAUCAAUGGAACAGAGUUCUGAUGAAAAUAACAUUCCUGACGUACUAUCUGCAACAAAUAUUGAUACCGGUAAUACAAAAAUAAAUGCUAAGGACAUUUCAACAACACCAGUAGACUAUUUCGACGACACCAUGUUCCCAAAGGCCCAAACAGAUAACACGUUAAGUAGUGUUUCAACAAAAUCAUUAAAUUCGACAGCGUUGUCUACUAAUCAGGGGGCCGAUUCCCUUGACACUCCUGACAUGGCAUCCGUAAACAAUUUGGACAUAGAAAAAACGGUCAUCAGCGGAAAAGACAUUGUAUCUAAAACGAUAGGUACUUCUGAUGAAAGUUCAUCAAUAGAUCUUCAAACUGAAAAAACUGUUCAAUUCAGUUCAUUGCAAUCAACGUCCACAAAAGUAUCAAUGGAACAGAGUUCUGAUGAAAAUAACAUUCCUGACGUACUAUCUGCAACAAAUAUUGAUACCGGUAAUACAAAAAUAAAUGCUAAGGACAUUUCAACAACACCACUAGACUAUUUCGACGACACCAUGUUCCCAGAAGCCCAAACAGAUAACACGUUAAGUAGUGUUUCAACAAAAUCAUUAAAUUCGACAGCUGUGUCUACUAAUCAGGGGGCCGAUUCCCUUGACACUCCUGACACGGCAUCCGUAAACAAUUUGGACAUAGAAAAAACGGUCAUCAGCGGAAAAGACAUUGUAUCUAAAACGAUAGGUACUUCUGAUGAAAGUUCAUCAAUAGAUCUUCAAACUGAAAAAACUGUUCAAUUCAGUUCAUUGCAAUCAACGUCCACAAAAGUAUCAAUGGAACAGAGUUCUGAUGAAAAUAACAUUCCUGACGUACUAUCUGCAACAAAUAUUGAUACCGGUAAUACAAAAUUAAAUGCUAAGGACAUUUCAACAACACCACUAGACUAUUUCGACGACACCAUGUUCCCAGAAGCCAAAACAGAUAACACGUUAAGUAGUGUUUCAACAAAAUCAUUAAAUUCGACAGCUGUGUCUACUAAUCAGGGGGCCGAUUCCCUUGACACUCCUGACAUGGCAUCCGUAAACAAUUUGGACAUAGAAAAAACGGUCAUCAGCGGAAAAGACAUUGUAUCUAAAACGAUAGGUACUUCUGAUGAAAGUUCAUCAAUAGAUCUUCAAACUGAAAAAACUGUUCAAUUCAGUUCAUUGCAAUCAACGUCCACAAAAGUAUCAAUGGAACAGAGUUCUGAUGAAAAUAACAUUCCUGACGUACUAUCUGCAACAAAUAUUGAUACCGGUAAUACAAAAAUAAAUGCUAAGGACAUUUCAACAACACCACUAGACUAUUUCGACGACACCAUGUUCCCAGAAGCCCAAACAGAUAACACGUUAAGUAGUGUUUCAACAAAAUCAUUAAAUUCGACAGCUGUGUCUACUAAUCAGGGGGCCGAUUCCCUUGACACUCCUGACAUGGCAUCCGUAAACAAUUUGGACAUAGAAAAAACGGUCAUCAGCGGAAAAGACAUUGUAUCUAAAACGAUAGGUACUUCUGAUGAAAGUUCAUCAAUAGAUCUUCAAACUGAAAAAACUGUUCAAUUCAGUUCAUUGCAAUCAACGUCCACAAAAGUAUCAAUGGAACAGGGUUCUGAUGAAAAUAACAUUCCUGACGUACUAUCUGCAACAAAUAUUGAUACUGGUAAUACAAAAAUAAAUGCUAAGGACAUUUCAACAACACCAUUAGACUAUAGAUCAGAGUUCCGAUGA